AGAGGACAGAGAGAGAGAGAGAGCGCCAGGACACCGCCCUGUGACAGCGUCAGGAUGAACUGCGAGGAUUUUGGGGAGGGGGGUAUGAAUGUGACCCUCACACUGAGAUUGCUCAUGCAUGGAAAGGAAGUGGGCAGCAUCAUAGGCAAGAAAGGAGAGACUGUGAAAAGAAUACGAGAGGAGAGCGGUGCGCGGGUCAACAUCUCAGAGGGCUCCUGUCCUGAGAGGAUCAUCACCAUCACAGGAGCAACAGACUGCGUGUACAGAGCUUUCAGUAUGAUCACCUGCAAGCUGGAGGAGGAUCUCACUGCAUUGGUUGCCAGCAGCACCAUCACCAGCAAGCCCCCCGUCACUCUGCGACUCGUCGUGCCCGCCAGCCAAUGUGGAUCCCUCAUCGGAAAGGGCGGCUCCAAGAUCAAGGAGAUCCGAGAGAGCACCGGGGCCCAGAUUCAGGUAGCUGGAGAUCUUCUCCCCAACUCCACAGAGCGAGGGGUGACGGUAUCAGGCGCCCAGGAGGCCAUCGUCCAGUGUGUCAAACUCAUCUGCGCUGUCAUCCUCGAGUCUCCUCCGAAGGGGGCCACCAUUCCAUACCGGCCCAGCCCUGUCCCGGGGGCAGUCAUCCUCUCCGGGAAUCAGGUGUAUGACACACCGGAGUUUGGCUCACACCCUCUGUACUCUGUGACACAGGGCGGCCUGGACCUGCACCAGGCCUACUCUCUACAGAACCAGUACGGCAUCCCACACUCAGAGUUGGCUAAGCUCCAGCAGCUGUCACUACAGCAGGGUCUUGGGGCGGUGGGCCAGACAUCCACCUCUGUCCUGCCUGGGCUGGAGGCCACUUCCCAGAUGGCAUCUCAGGAGCUGCUGAUUCCCAAUGAUCUGAUUGGGUCAGUCAUUGGCCGUCAGGGCACCAAGAUCAGCGAGAUUCGGCAGGUCUCUGGCGCUCAGAUAAAGAUCGGCAGCCAGGUGGACAGCAGCAGUGACCGGCACGUGACCAUCACGGGCUCCCCCGUCAGCAUCAGCCUGGCCCAGUACCUCAUCACCUCCUGUUUAGAGACGGCAAAGUCCACCGCCCUGUCCUCCUCCAUGUCGGCCCCUGUGGAUCUGGCGAUGAGCUUCACCCCGCCCGCCACGCCCGCUGCGUCUCCUGCAGCUCUGGCAGUGGUGGGCGGAGUGCCCCACGCCCCUGUGCUGGGCACGCCCUACGCCCUGCCCCUGUCCAGCCUCCUGGGCGUCAAAUCCGUCCCCUUCCUAGCGCUGUCUGGGCCUGCCCCCACGCCCCCCCACACGGCUGCUGCCCUGGGUCCCGCCCACACCUCCCUCGCCUCCUACACCACCAAAAUCUCAUCGGUCAACGGCAUCAAGAAACCCGAGAGACAGAAAUUUGCACCCUACUGACACCGUCCCACCCUGUCCCCGAACCCAGCUCC